GUCCCCGGCUGGAAAUUCCCAGCUGCAAAGGGAAUCGACUCCAAUGCAAAGGGAAGGAACAGGAUCCAAGGAAAGGUGUGAGCACAGCAGCGAUGGGUCGUAGAAGGGAUUUUUUAUGAGGGGUUCGUGUUUCCCUUUCCCCCAGCGACGGUUCCUGAGGUCAGAUGACCUGUGAUUCAUCUCGUACUCCCUUGAGGACCCACUUGGAGACAGAAAGGGGACAACACUUGUAGGACCAGAGAAACAGAAGCAGUCAAGGAGUUGCAGGUGGUGCCUUCCCUUCUCUCCAGCAUGGCUCUUUGGCUCUGGCCUCUCCUGGUUCUCCUGAGGGCAGAGGAGGGAGUGGCUGAAGACAUAGCUUUCACGGCCUGUAGGCUUCAAGGCUUUAAGGAGAAAGUGCUGGAGGUGCUGCCAGGAGGCGGCUGGGACAAUUUGCGCAAUGUGGACAUGGGAAUGGUGAUGAGCCUCAAUUAUUCCCAGUGCCGGACCACCGAAGAUGGACAGUACCUCAUUCCCAAUGAUGUCUAUGUGGUGCCCCUCAAGAAGAGCACGGUGGAAGUGCAUUCGGAGCUCAUUGAGGACUGGCUGAGCUACACCGAUGCCUUUGCUUCAUCCAUCAAUGCAGAAGCUUCCUUCCUUUCUGUACUCAAUGGCAAGUUCUCGUCGGGCUCCCAGGAGACAAAGAUGCACAAUGUCUACGAUGAGACGGUCACCACACGGAUGCAAGUGCGGUAUCACAUCUACUCUGUGAAAGCCCAGCCCACUUUCACCUUGAACAAGGAUUUCCGUCAUCAGCUGCUCACCAUAGGCAACCAGCUGGAGAACAACCAGAGCCGGACCGCUGAGUAUCUUGCAGAGAUGCUGAUUCUCAACUAUGGCACCCAUGUGCUUACAGGUGUGGAAGCUGGAGCCAGCCUAAUCCAGGAGGACCAGGUGAAGCGCAGUUUUGUGUUGGACAAGGAGUCUGAGAAAGCAGGCAUCACUGCCUCAGCCUCAGCCACCUUUUUCAGCAAAGUGAAUGUGGGAAUCAAUUUUUCGAUGCAAACCUCAGAUGAUCUGACCAAGGGGUACAUAGAAAACACGGUGGAUUCCAAGCUCGAGAGCUGGGGCAGCGUGCCUUUCUACCCUGGGAUCACCCUCCAGAAGUGGCAGGAGGGCAUCCCCAAUGGCUUAGUGGCCAUAGGCAAAUCUGGGUUGCCUCUGCCAUUUUUCAUCACAGCUGAGGCCUUACCAGAACUGCCAGAACCAACAGUUACACGCGUGGCGGCUUUGGUGGAAAACGCUAUCCGCCUCUACUAUGCUGUGAACACCCACCCAGGCUGUGUCAAGCCUGAUUCUAGCAACUUCAACUUCCAGGCCAAUGUAGAUGAUGGGUCGUGUCAAGCCUCCAAGACUAACUUCACCUUUGGUGGGGUCUUCCAGGAGUGUCACGGUAUAGCUGGCCAGGACACAGAAGAGCUCUGCCAGUCAUAUCAGGUCCAGAACCCACUGACAGGGGGAUUUUCUUGCCCAGCUAACUUUACCACCGUCUUGCUGCAUGGAGAGCAACGCACCACAAGCAAACCCAAGACGGAGUGCCAUGAGCAGUGCCAUUCCUGUUGGCUUUUGUUUUCUUGCUGUAAUAGAGUGUGUGGCAUUCGCUACUACCCCACCACCGUGAAGUUCAAUGCCUACUGGUGUGCUGCCACAGGGCCAGUGCCUCAGAAUUCAGGAUUCCUCUUUGGAGGACUGUAUAGUAGUGGGAGUGAGAACCCCAUUACCAGCAACUAUGCCUGCCCGGCCUAUUUCUUCCCACUGGAACUAUUUGAUAACCUCAAGGUGUGUGUCAGUAGUGACUAUGAGAUGGGAACACCCUUUGCAGUGCCCUUUGGUGGCUUCUUUAGUUGUCAGUCUGGUAACCCUUUGGCUGGAUUACUGAAGGGACAGAGCCCUGGGAUCCUCCAGGACUUUUUCUACCAGGAGUCCUCCACUCAAUAUCCCAUGAAAUGCCCAUCUGGAAAUAGCCAGCAUAAGGCCUACAUCAGUGAUGGGUGUGAAAUCCUCUACUGCUUGCAGGCCGGGACCCUUUUUGCUCAGCAGUUAGCUCCUAUCAAGCUUCCACCCUUCUUACGUGCGCCAACUUUAAGUGGCGAUCUUCCUGAAACCAUCCUAGUGCGCUCUGAUGGUAGCUUGGCCUGGGUUAAAAUGCGCCAGACUGGGAGCUGGCGGCUGGCCAAUGCCACAGAUGAGAAGCAAAUGGCUUUUCUUGUACAGGGUACGGAAACGUCGAGACCAUCUGCAGGCGCCAUUGCUGGAAUUUCAGUCUCCAUGGCUGUCCUGCUAACAACCAUUGCUCUUGUGAUAUACAGAAUCCGGCGGCACAAGACCAGAGGUUACCAGGAAGUUUCCAAUGAGCACUUAGUAGCGGAUCAAGGGGACUAUGGAACAACAGCCCCAGAACUCAGUGCUGCCUGAGGCACCUUUUAACCAGCAUCCUGGACCUAAAAUGCCUAAAUUCAGGGAAGGUGUGAAUCAAGUCCAGGAAGUGUGGGAUCAGAAUAAUAAUCGAUGCAUUGUUAUCGGGGCGAGGGGUGACAAUAAUUGAAAUUUCCAAGUAUUGAAUCUUAGUAUAUAGAAUGUUUUUUUAAGGCAGCAUGUUUUUUUUUAAAUAAAAGACACCAUUAAUGUUUCAUUAGAAAUGAGUAAGUAACUGAAACCAAAGAACUAGGAAUUACUAUGCAUUUUGGGCUAGGCUUAUACAGAAGGGAAAAGAAGACUAGUUCAAAGCAGUACGGUCUUUGUUUACUUAUCGGUUUUAAACAGAUUUGUGGACACAGGGAAAAACAUUGAUUGUGGGAAGUGGGAGCAGAAGAAGAUUAAAAAGAAUGGUGAUGUUUAUUUUCACGGCAGGGCAACUCUAGGAGAAUAUCAAGGGUUAGCAACUUUGAUCUGCACAUUUUGACAUUCUUUGCUUACUUUUAUUGUGCCUUGACCUUGAUAAACUCAUACUUGAUACUGUAAAGAAAAUUGAAAAAUUGAACUAAAUGGAAAAAAUAUCCCUUUGAUAGCCACUCAGAGGUUUUUUUCUGAACCUAAUAAACACUGGGAUACAUAA